AUGGAAAAGAUAAAUUUAAAUUUAAAUCUAAAGCCUCUGGCGCACUUUGCUCAACAUGUCCCUCCUCCAAGAGCUCUCGCACAUGUCUUCUUAAGAACACGCUUCCUCGUCCUCGCCGUUAUAUGCACAAUCGUCCUUCUUACAUGGGGUCGUCUAUCUUCCACAGCUUCGUCCAUAGAAUGGGCUUGCUACGGACCUGGUCUCUCCCCCUUGGAAAUAUCCCCUGGCGAAUUCGCUGCAUGGCACCAGCACAAGAAUACCCCUAUCCUCACCAACAAACACGAUCCAAUCGACGUAAAUUCAAAGUCAAUCGGUAGCUACAACCUAAACAAAAUCACCACUGGAAAAGAUGCCGUUAAGAAUAGAGAAAGGGUCUUGCUUCUCACCCCGCUGCGAGAUGCUGCUGUUUUCCUCCCACGAUACUUUGAAAUCAUCUCGAGAAUAACCUACCCCCACGAAUUAAUCGAUCUGGGAUUCCUUGUCUCCGACUCCACAGAUGAUACCUUAGCGAUCUUGGCAAUGGAGCUGGAUACCAUCCAGUCGAAUUCCGACCCAAAAAUCCCAUUCCACAGCGCUGUAAUCAUCGAAAAGGAUUUUGGUACCCACUUAUCCCAAAGCAUUGAAGACAGGCACUCCUUCGAAGCUCAGGGCCCCAGGAGGAAAGGAAUGGGCAAGGCCAGGAACUUUUUGCUCUCGAGCACCCUGCGACCUGACCAUUCCUGGGUUAUGUGGAGAGACGUCGAUAUCACCGAAUGCCCCGAAACCAUAAUUCAAGAUUUUAUCGCCCACGACAGAGACAUCAUUGUUCCAAACAUCUGGUUCCACCGAAUUGAUGAAGAAGGAAAUGAUAUCGAAGGAAGAUUCGACUACAACUCCUGGAUAGAAUCGGAUGAAGGCCGAGAGCUUCGAAAGAAACUCCCCACCGACACCGUCCUCGCCGAGGGAUACAAAGAGUUUAAUACAAGCCGAAAAUACUUGGCCUUGAUGGGCGACUGGAGAAAAGAUAAGGACGCUGAAGUUGAGCUUGAUGGAAUCGGUGGUGUCACAAUUCUUGUCAAAGCUGAUGUUCACCGUGCUGGUAUCAACUUCCCAUCCUAUGCCUUCGAAAACCAAGCAGAGACCGAGGGGUUUGCCCGCAUGGCGAAGCGCGCCGGCUACAAGGUCAUCGGGUUGCCAAAUUACGUCGUAUGGCAUAUCGAUACCGACGAAAAGGAAAAGAUCAAACAGCAUGCUGUUUACCGUGACAGCCGAUAA